UUUUUGAAAGUGAUAUUAAAGAGAUUUGAAGUAUUAUAGAAAAUUAAUAUUAAAAAACGUGUUUAAUGCAAAUAGUAAAACAUAGAAACGUUAUAAAAACAAAUUGUGCAAAUUUUUAAUGUUUUAAUAAAUUUUAAUAUUUAUUCUGCGUAACAGCUAAUGUAGUAAUGCAUUUAUAGUUACUAAUGUGCUUGCAAUUCCAUGUAACUACUAUUUGUGUGUAUAGGUUAUUGUGGUGAACCUACAAAUUUAGUUUACAGUUACAUUAAUUAAUAGAAACAACAUUAAUUGCAACGCUAAACAAAAUAUACCAACUAAUAGUUGCUCGAACUAUUAUUGAGCACAAACAUUGCCUACCACGCUAUGCAAUUGCCGCUAUAUGCUGUUGUAGGAAGCCAACAAGUAACGCAAGCGACAUAAAUAACACUAGCUUACACAAAUAAGAACAAAUCCAAUUAGAAAAAUAUUUGCGUGAUAAAAAGACACAAAUAGCGCGGCUAACUUGUUUGGCCAACCAGCAGGCGGCGCCACUUGCCGAGCACAUAGGUCAACGGUGGCACAGUCGGCGCACGCGACAUUAGCCGCCCAGCGUAUACUUUUUCAAAGCAUUUAACUACUACAUACAUAAGUACAAAAAAUAAAUUAAUAAUACUUACGCAAAAUUACCACAACAACGUAACGCAGCGAAAACGUUAAAUUCAAGUGUUAAAUUGCUGAACAAAGCAGCAAAACUUCAUUGCUCAAACAUACUAAAUAUAAUCAACUACAGCGUUUUGUGUGCGCGUUGUAAUUAUGGCCGCUACACCGCUGACCCUGAUGGAUGGCGGCCUCGCAGCAGCAACGGUUACCGCAGAUGCCACAGCAAAUUUAGAUAAUGCUAGCAAUAUAGCAAUUACAACAACAGCUACAACGGGCGCUGCCGCCAAAACUGCGCCAUCAUGCGCCAUACGGCCAACAAUGCUUUUUGGCUCGACGGAACAUUUAGAUACAUCCGCCAGUAUAUUGGUCUCACCGCAUGGCAGCAGCAGUGGCAAUUCCGCCGCUACAUCGCCCUCAUUCCUGCCGGAGAUGCCGCAAUGGAAAAAAGACUUGAUACAACGCCGCAAAUCGAAUGUGGCACGUACGAUUGGCGCUGCCGGCGCAGUAGUGUCACCGACAACAGCGGCAUCCGCUGCAACAAUGCAACAGCAACGCUACUCGCUGACAAGUGGUCAACUGCAAUCGCCAACAGCUGCCGAUGGUUUUUCACCAACAACAACGGCAAUAUCAGUAACACCAACCAGGGACUUAUCAGCGGUCACUUCCAAGUCCGCAACUCAAGUAGCUACAACAACAACCAAAGUGAGCAAACUAACAGCAGAGCAAGAACAAGUAUACCAAUACCAACAAAAGCAUGCAACGGUAAUCACAGCUGAGCAACAGCAAACACAUCAAAUGAGCGUGAUAAUGAAAAUGCCAACGGCAACGGCAACGGCCGCAGCAUCAUCUCCCACAGCCUCGGGCACAAUCGUUUCACCAAUACCGCGCGCAUCAAAGCGCAACUCACCAGAAAAGUCUGAAAGAAUUCUAUUUGGGGGUCAUUACACGACACCGCCGCAGCCGGGGAAAGAAUAUCGCGAGAGCGCCGAUGAUCGCGACAGCGAUUGGGAUGCACGCAGGCAAAUGUUGUCUCCAACAACAACAGCAGCAGCAAUAAGUGCCUCAGGCACAAUCGUUUCACCAAUACCGCGCGCAUCAAUGCCCAACUCACCAGCAGGCAGCAACAAUAGCUCGCCACAUAGAGAAAAGUCUGAAAGAAUUCUUCUCGGGGGUCAUUACACGACACCGCCACAGCCGGGGAAAGAAUAUCGUGAGAGCGGCGAUGAUCGCGACAGCGAUUGGGAUGCACGCAGGCAAAUGUUGUCUCCAACAACAGCGAUAAGUGGUAUAACAACAAUAACACCACUACACAAAACUAUAGCGACAAUACCAAAGCAAAGAUCAGCAUAUUCACCGGUGAAGAAUGCUUCUUCAGCUGCAGCCAAAGAAUCCGUUUCGGCCCAUACAAAUCAGCUAGUGAGCGAGCAGAGAGGUAGCACAACAACUCGUUUAACAGGUACAACUGGCACAGCGGCGCUGAGAGCGGAGCUGCAGAGCACAGCUGGUGGUGAUGGUAGCGGUGGCGGCAGUGUUAGCGCCUACGGUAUCGACGAUGAUACCAACACUCCAUAUAACAUCUCAGCUGUUGGUGCUGACAGUGGUCAUGGCGAUGGCGAAGAAGGUAUGGUAGACGAAAAGCAGGAAAAUGAAACAACAACAUACAGAGCAACCGCAGCUGAGAGCGGUGGUGAAGUGCAUACAACAACAGGCAGGCAAAUACCAUCCACAAUGUCGGGCUCGCCAACUAGAGCGAAUGUGAGUGUAGCGUCGCCACAAUCGCCCAAAUUAGUCGCUGCACAAGCGGCUCAGUCUCAGCAAUCGCAACAGUUUCAUUCGAAGAACGAACGCGAACGGACGUACACGGAACAGCGCGGUGCGUCAACGUCGUCGUCGGCCGGGUUUAAUAGUAAUACAAAUACAAUAACCAAAGUGCAAACACAAGAAAAUACCACUAUAAGCAACAAUAGACAUUAUAACGCCUCAACUAGCUCGUAUUCGCCCUCCAAUUACGCGAUCCCACAACAACAGAAUAACAGUGGUGGUAGUGGUAGUGGAAAAAUCUUUUCGAAACUACACAAUAAUCAGUUCAUAAAGAAUCAACAGCAGCAGCAUCAACAACUGCAGCAGACCGGCGCGCAACCGAGCACCGCAACACAAUCGAAUAUUACCGCACGUUAUCUGAAAUAUAAGUCGCAAGCAGCGCAUGCGCAGGAAUCUGGAAACGGCAGUGAAACUGGUUCGACAAGCACCAACUACUCAGGUUCGCCAACCAAAUCGUUUGUGGCACCCACUGCAAGUGCAAUCAAAAAGAAAAUGGUUGCCGUGCAGGAAAUGAAGAAAACGACACAACCAAGUGGUAAUCAUGGACAACUGCAUUCGCACCGCACACACCACAAUCAUCAACAGAUGAUUAGCGCUGGUGGCGGCGGUACAUGUGCGCGUACAGCGUUGAGCGGUGGACGCGCACAGCCACCCAGCCAAACGGACGAGGUCAACUUCGAUCCGGCCGAGGAUCUCAGCUAUGGACCGGGUAUUGUGUCGAAGUUGCGUUGCCGUUACCUUAGUCUCGCAUUUCGCGAAUCCAUGGAAAAGGAGCGCCAUUGUUUGGAUAAUAUGCGUCGCGCUACAAGCCUCAAUAAUUUACUUGAUCGUGAGGAACCACACGAUGACGAUGAGCCCGAAGAUGAUUUGGACAGUGGUGGUGCCGUCGAUGUGGAGACGCAUGAAGUUGAGGAAUAUGUGGAGUUACGCGCUGAUGCGGAUAGAACACUAAACAACGAACGCAAAUUGAAAACACAGGGUGGCAUAUUGAAGCACAGCGGCGAUGCUGCUACACAAGACAACACCAAAAAGACAACCACUUUUCAGAAAAAUGCAAACGCUUUUGCUGCGAACGGCACGCGUUUGCUAAAUUCGGCACCGGUCGGCAGCGCAGGCGGCGCGGUAUCGUCAGCCAACGUCGCGAUGCCCGAUACACCGCGUUCGCGUCACGUCAAACGCGGUAAUGAUUCGUUAAAACGCGCGCGUUCGGUUGAAGCAUUGCUCUGUGAACGUUCACCUUGGCAAUAUACGGCGCUCAAUCGCACCAGCUAUCAGCCACAACAUUUCACAUCUGGCGGUAGUCAAACUUAUGCGACAACGCAGCCGACUUGUGUGACUAUCGAGGAUAAAAUAAAUAAUGCACGUAGCCGUCUAAUACUCGGCACCGAUAUAAUGCCACCGAAGCGUUUAACCUCAGUGAUUGAUGAUACGGAGCGACCACCACCAGAUUUGGUAAAGCAAACAUUAAAGAAGUUCGAAGCGACGGCCAACCGGCGCGGACGCGGGCCAAAUCGCACGAACGGCACCGGCGAAGUUGCCAGCAAAGUGGCUACGUACAAGACAAUCAUAAAGGAGAAUAAGCCUGCAAUAGUAUUUCCAAAACCACCGCUUAGUCCCACCAAGAAAUUAAAUUCGCCACUGUUAACGAAGCCAUUGGCCAAACCAGUUGUGGGCGCUAAUGAUUUGCUCAACAGUCCGUUAGGGCGCAAAACCACUGCCGCAGCCGCUGUCAAUGCUCCUGCGGUUGUGACUGGAAAGACGCAAGCUGCGACCUCAAACCACGGCGCAGCAAGCGCAGUCGCUAGCGGCUUAUCAGAGAACUCACCCGAUAUCAUUCCAAGGCAUAAGCUUUUAACGGAAAAGAGCGAAACGUUAUUGCAUGGGGUUGCCGAUUCGCCAGUGACAGCUUUAACGAAAAAGCUCGAAAAGCUGCGCAUUGACGCGGCCGAUAAACAACAACAGCAGCAGCAGCAGCUGCAAACGAUACCAACAAAGGAGGCGAAACAGCCAGCACAGUUGAAUAAGCAGUCACAACACUCGGCACUCGUAGUAAGCAGCAGCGACAACGAAUUCGUCAAUAGCAGCGAGUUAAAUAACGACAACAAUGCUAGUAAUAGCAGCCAACUUGUGGGUGGCGCUGAGGAGGGUGAAGCGGCGGCCGUUAGUGACGCAGCCCUCGAAGGCAACGAAAAUGGCAAUAACAACAAGCACACAGCAGCGUCGACGAAACAGCAUACUGAUCGUGCGGGCACGGGCACUGGUAUUAGCGCUAGCGGCGAAUCAGCCGUAGAACCCGAUACAGCACAAGCAGGAACCGCUGCUAUUAGUAGUGAUCUUAGCGACGACGACGACGGACUGAUUGGUAUUGCCGCCGCCGCACCCACAAAACGUAUAACACGUACAGCACUCGAUAAUAUCGCACGCGCGGGCACAACACAACAAUUCAAAUUCGCAGGCAGUGGACAAACGAAUAUCGGCAGCAAAGCAACAGUUGAGCUGACAAAAUCGAAACCGCAAACAAACUUGAAUCCCGAUAUACCCACGUCGGUAUUGAACGCUGCGCCUGGUAAGCAAAUCGGUGUCAUACGCCCUUUACCCACCACCACAGCCGCACAACAGGCGGCCAACGCGAAUACGACAAACUCGGCAUUUUCGCAUCAACAACAAUUGUUGCAACAACAUUUGGAAGCAUUAAAACAAAAUAACGUUUACAACAACACGUCAUCAACGCCCACCAGCGCUACCAACGCUACAGCAACACAUUCCUCAAUUUAUCAUAGCACACCGCCGCUGACGAGCCGCGAAAUCGAAAAGAAUCGUAUAAAUGAAAUGAAGAAAACGGUCGCAUUAGCCGAUGGUAGUCCAAUAACAGCUACAAUGGUCAACGCCAGCAACAAUGCCACUACACCCGCCGCACAGCAUGCCGCAAAUGCUAGUCUAAAUACCGUGAUAAAUACCAAUGCGCCAGGUCAUAAGUCUAACAACGCUGGCGCUACAUCGUCAACAGCGCCAAUUGUUGGCGGUAGCUCCGGCACUUCCGGUUUCAAUGAGCUGGAUGCGGCAGCGCAAGGCGCUAAUAAUAGUCCCUUAUGGGCGUUACGCAUUAAACGGCAGACACCGAGUGUGGCACAGGAGAACACAUCGAUGGUGUUCAACUUCUCCAAUCGCAAAGAGGUGCCCGAUUAUAUUGAGAAUGACGGUGUGAUCUUUCGCAGAAAACGUGAAUUGCCCAAGCCAAAUGAAUCUGGUUUCGUGCUACUUGGUGAUCUCUCAUUGGAAACUUCAACAGACUCGGAUUAUGAUGAUUUCUCUAUGUGCCCACCAUCACCCUGCGAUGUUGAAUUCGAAAAUGCUAAUAUUGUGAUCGAUGGAAAGUCAAGCAUUCGACAGAAAUCCAAAGAAGCAACGUUCCGCGUACAAUUCAAUGAUACGCUCACCUCCACCUUUGAAUAUCCCUCCGAGGCAUCGCUAAUCAUUGACGAUUCCUACAGCAAUGAUGCGCUGAUAGGCGCCUAUGAAAAUGUAUCAUUAAAUGACACAACGGAUUCUUCACCAGCGCGACACCAUCAUGUAGCCGUUGAUGAGAUUAUACAACUGCCAACGCCGGCGAAUACCUCGUCACCCGCCAAUAAUGCCAGCAGCGCAACAAAUACGCCAACGAAAAAUAUACUGGGGAAUUUGCCAUUAGGUUCAGCACCGCUUGGUUUUUAUACGCCUGUUAAAGCGCCCAUCGAGAGCCUCUUUCAAUUGGGCGUAACGCGUGCACCUAACGGCAAUGGUCAUCACGCCUUUAAUAACACCUCAACGCCCACAACUAACGGCGGCACCACCGUCAACAAUACAGCCACACAGAAUGGACAGAGUAAUGGCGUUUCGAACAGCAAUGGUGGCGGCGUUGACGCUGAUGAUACCGAGGAGUCGGAGAGUUUGCAGUACAUAAAACCGGCAAACGAUGAUCUCACCAUUGCGUACAGCGAGGGCGCGCAAAAGACAGAUUUAUUGUAUUGAGUGCGCGCAAGGUGGAAGGCUUGUGUUUGGAAGGUAGCAGCAGCGCGUGGAGCAGGCGAAAGUGUUUUGAAAUUACUAUUAAUACUGGAUAUUUAGCAAGCAAGCAAACGCCAGUUUGGCGCUGCUUGUAGGUCCUGGCUGGCUGACUGGCUGACUGGCAGCGCUUAUACCGCUGCAGCGUUGCGCGUUUCGAAAUUGUUUACAUUUGCGUUGCAGUUAAUGUCUAGACAAGUUUAUAAGUCGUUUAGGCGUGCAUUUUUUUUCUUUAGUUGUAUGUAAAUUUUAUUAUAAUUUUAAUUUUUGCGUUUCUCUCUCUCUCACUUUGCUCUCGCUUAUUUACGUUACUAAUUUAGUUUUAUACAUAUGUAAAUGCAUUUCGCAAUGCAUACAUUAUAAUGCACUUUUUAUGUGUGUCAAAUUAAUGCAAUGCAAAUUUUUUGUCUGUUAUAUAAAUAUAGUAAAGAAAAAAAAAUGAAAAUGAAAUGCAAUCAUAUAAAAUAAAUAUUAAUAUGAAAAGUCUGUUUAGCAUACAGAAAUUUUUGAAUCAUAAUUAUACUAGAUUAACUUUUAUAUGUGUAUGUAGCAUUAGAGCGUAGCAGAACAAGUGUAGUAGUGAUAAAUAUGCAGAAGAACAACAAACGCAAGUCAAUACAAUUCAAAAUCAAAAUAACAAUAAUAAUGGCAGCAAAAUAUUUGCUCACAGUGUCAGAAAUGUAAUAACUGUAUUUAAAGCAAGCUUGCAAACUUAGUCAGACAGUUGUGCGCAUUUUUAUAAAUGUUUAAUGUUUGAUAUUUUUCUCAAAAAAAAAUUUUUUUUUUCCUCCAAAAAUAUAUAAAACUUUGUUCACAGGCAACAGCAAUUAAUUUUUGUUUUUCAUGUAAUAUAUUAUUUGAAAAGCAUUUAAUAAUAUGAAAAUUGUGUAAAAUUUAAAUUUAAACUUGUUUCUUAUUUGCAACUUUCAAUUGAUUUAUAUUUUCAAAUUUCAAAAUUAAAUUGAUACAUAUUUUCAAAUUUUCAACGCUAUUGUGAAUAGUGCCAUCACAAAAAUCAGCACUCUCACUAUUGUGCGGUUUUUGAAUUUUAUAUUUUUGAAAAUUUUUAUAUUUUAAAAAUAUUCUAAAUAUUUAAUUUCUGCCGUAUACCGUCGAAGGUCAAUUGUCAAGCAUUUAAAUUUUAAUUUGAAAAUAAAAAAAUUUUGCAAAAAUUAAAUUCAAAUUUAAAAUAUUGAAAAUUGUUAAAAAUUAUAUUUUUGUGCAUUUGGAGGUUAGUUUAAAAUUUAAUGAAAAUAAAGAAACCACACAAUAGUUUUUCUUAAGGUUUUCGUACAUACAUAUGUACAUAUGUAUGUGUAACAUUACAAUUUUAAAAACAUUCUAAUUCUCAACUACAUAAAAUACUUAUUGCCGAAUACAAUUACAAAAAGUAAAUAAUUUUAAAAUCAUUUGAAAAUCAUGGUCAAAAAUUUAAAUUCAAAUUUAAAAAUAUGAAAAUUUAAAUUCAAAUUUGAAAACAUACAAAUUUUGAGAAAUUUUAAUUAAAAAAUAUGAAAAUUUUCAAAAAUUUAAAUUCAAAUUUAAAAAAUAAAAAUUGUGAAAAUUUAAAUUCAAAUUCUAAAAUAUAAUAAAAAAAUUUUCAAAAACUUAAACUCAAAUUCUAAAAUAAAAAAAUUGUGAAAAUUUAAAUUCAAAUUUGAAAAUAUAAAAAUUGUGAAAAACUUAUAUUUUUUUUUUAAUUAAAUUGUAAAAAUUUUAUUUAAAAUUUUAAAAUAUACAAAUUCUCGAAAAUUUAAAUUUGAAAUUAUGCAAACUGUUAAAAAUUAUAUUUUUGUGAAUUUUGUGGUUAAAUUAGAAUUUAAUGUAAAUUAAAAAUAAUUACAUACCAUUUAAACUCUAUAGUCUUGUAUUGCUAAUCUUAACUUGAAAUUUAAUUUAAAACAGAAACAUCGUAGAAAUUAUGUGUUCAAUUUAUUGUUUUGUAAUUUGCAUGAUAACCUCAAAAUUCAUUAUUAAAAAAUGUUGUAAUAAUCGAAACCUCAAAAUACAUGUUUAAAAACUGUGGAAAUAGUCAAUCUCCCGUUCACAUUUAAAUAAAUUUAAAAAAAUAAAUUUUUGUGGCAAAGUUGAGCAUAAACCUACAUACAUAUGUAUAUCAGCAUAUAUUAAGUUGUUUUUGCAAAGUAAUUUCGCAUUUAAACUUUAACAUUUAAAUCUUUUUUAUAGUUGUGAAAUUUUUUUUACGUGUACAAAUGUGCUAAAUAAAUCUGGUACUCUUUUUUGUUAUUUUUUUAUUUUCACAAAAUCUAAAAAACUGUUAGAAACAGCACUGAAAAGUUCUAAAAAAAAUCUUAAAUUUCGUUCAAAUAAUUUCCACAAACUCAAAGAACAAAUCAUAUGCGAUUUGAAGAAAGCAAAAAUUAUUCCAAUAUUUACAAUUUGUAAAUGCUUUGAAAUGCGAGCUUCUAGUAAUUUUUUUGACCUAUAAAAAAUAUAUAAAACAUUAAAUUCAACGCAGUCGAUAUACUAAAAAAACAAAUUGUAACAUAUGCAGUUAUUGCUUACGCAUAAAACUUACAAAAGUUAUCGAUAAAUAUCUAAAAAUGCAUUUAAAUAAACUCAAAAACGCAUAUAUGCAACUGAGUUAAAAAAUAUAAAAAGUGUUGCUGAUCUCCAAGCUGAGCUGAUUGUUGAUCACCACUCUAAACAUCUGCAAUGCAUUUGCUGAAUACAAAAAUUUUAAACACUUGUCAAACUUAUGUAGCUUCGAAAAAAAUCGAAAAUGCUUAAAAAAAUUAAACAAAAGCGCGCGCUCUAAAUGCCGAUGUGCAUACAUACAUAUAUCUACAUACAUACAUACAUUCAUUUUUUGUAAUAUGUAUUUUACUUAUAAUACCUUAUAUUAAAUAAUAUUACAUUAUAUAUAUAAUACAUACAUAUACAUUGCUUACCAUUUACCAUUUACUAUAUACGAUUAUUAAUUAUAUUAUUACUGAUUUACAUGCAUACAUACAUACAUACAUAUUAAAUAUAUACAAUACCACAUACCGUACAUUUUUUAGAUAUAAGCGAUUUAAAAUACAACAACGUGCAGUUGAUAAAUAAAAUAAAAGAGUAAUGUUACACAAACAAAGAAAAUUAUACAUAAAGAUAAAUAAAAGCUUAAAAGGCAUUUAAAUUUAAAAUAAA